AUGGCGACUGCAAAAAUCCAGCAUGUAGCAAAGGGAGUGUCCAAUGCCGCAGAUAUCAAUAAUCCAAUUCUCGAUACGUUCAACUACUUUCGUGAUGAACUCGACGAGCACCAAGACCGUCGUGAGCGGGUUAUCAAGGCUUCGCGCGAUAUCACUGCGCUCAGCAAGAAAAU